AUGGCUUCCAUUAGAUUUAUGAAUGAUCCUGACUUCAGCUAUGAGUAUGAGUUUAACUUUUAUCUUACAGAGUACCAAGUACCAACGAGUGAUCGAGCGACUUCAUGCAAGAUUAUCGAUACCGUCGGAUGUUCCAAACAUACGUAUGCCGAACGGUGCUGGGAACCGAUCGUACUUUGUUUUGGUCCCUGUGAGACAAAAUGGGAGAGAGGCCCGGCUAGCGGUACGGCACAAAGACCUCUACAUCAUGGUCGUGAAAAGAACGAUUCGAGAAGCCUUUCAAGAAAGCGGAAGAAUCAUAUCGUAGCGAAAGAGUACGCUCUGCAGGAGGGUGGGGAAAUGACAGUCACGCUAAAAAAUGGCCGAAGUAUUGAUCAUAUCGGAUGCGAAUACUCGAGCUUGUUAAUUGAAAAACCAAUGUUGGGCGAUAGAACGUUGGAGAAAAUGUUUGAUGCGUUUUUCGUGGUGCCUCUAUAG